AUUAAAUUGUAACUCUGACUUAUAAUCUCUUUUGAGUUGAGUUCAUUUCUCCUGCCGGUUUACCUUUAAACCAGCACACCCUGGAGAAGGGACCCCUGGGACCUCUGAAACCCUUGGCAUUCCUAAGUGGGACCCUGGAGAGGGGGCAAUCCCAGAACCACAAAGUGGGGGAACCACAGAGGCACAGAGGCUUGGGAUUCCCAGGACCCCCUGGCAGCUUGGAGAGGGUGGUGACCCCAGAGAGGGGGAACCCCCAAUACAUGUGGGACCCCCAGCAGCCUGGCCAGGAGGACCCCUAGAACCCCAAAAUGGAGAGACCAGAGAGGGGGAUCUCCUGGGAGGGUUUUUUGGGGCUGAAUAUUUGUAUUUUGGAGGUUUUUACAGUCGCAAGAUGCUUGGCUUUUAGAUAUGGACUUGGACUGGAGGAACCCCCAACCCAAUGUGCUCCCACCUUGUUUUUGCUCCUCAAAACAGGAUUUCUCCUUCCUUGGCCAGAUGGAGGAGGAGGAUACAAGGAAGAGGAAGAUGCUGUGGAACACCCAUGCAGGCCCUGAGCUGAGGACGGAGAGCACGGAGGACAAAUCCCCCCGGCAGAACCUGGUGGGAGAGGCCGUUUUGAAGGGCUCCACGGUGCAGGAAGGCACCAGGGAGGAAAAGUCCCGGACAUUCCUCAGGAGGAGGGACUCCAAAGCCAGCCCAGGGUGCUCUGAGGAGGAAAGACUCACCCUGUGCUGGGAAGGCAACCAGAGCUUGAGCCAGAGCUCUGACCUGGUGGUCCCUGAGCAGUUUCACACUCAGGAAAAGCCCUACAAGUGCUUGGAAUGCGGGAAGAGCUUCAGAUGGAACUCCCACCUCCUCACCCACCAGCGCAUCCACACUGGGGAACGGCCCUACACGUGUGGGGAAUGUGGGAAGAGCUUCAGGCACAGCUCCCACCUCAUUACCCAUCAGAAUUUCCACAGUGGGGAACGGCCCUACACGUGUGGGGAAUGUGGGAGAAGCUUCAGCCGGAACUCUGACCUGAUCUGCCACCAGAAGAUCCACACUGGGGAACGGCCCUACAAGUGCUUGGAAUGUGGGAAGAGCUUCAGCAAGAGCACUGCCCUCCUCACCCACCAGCACCUGCACACAGGGGAACAGCCCUACACAUGUGGGGAGUGUGGGAAGAGCUUCAGCCAGAGCUCCAACCUCAUCACCCACCAGCGUGUCCACACUGGGGAAAGGCCCUACACAUGUGGGGAAUGUGGGAAAAGCUUCAGCCAGAGCUCCAGCCUGACCUGCCACCAAAAGAUCCACACUGGAGAACGGCCCUACAAGUGCUUGGAAUGCGGGAAAAGCUUCAGCAAGAGCUCCCACCUGAUUCGCCACCAGCAGAUCCACACGGGGGAACGGCCCUACAAGUGCUUGGAGUGUGGGAAGAGCUUCAACGUCAGCUCCAACCUGAUCCGCCACCAGCAGAUCCACAUCGGGGAACAGCCCUACACCUGUGGGGAGCAUGGGAAGAGCUCCAACUCCAUCACCCACCGGAGGACCCUUGUUAGGAAGAGACCUGGUGACCCACGUUCUGGGUGAUCCAUGUUGGGCACAGCCCUAGUGAUCCGUGUUCCCAGUGAUCCAUGCUGGGCAGUGUAUUGGGUUUUGGUAGCAGGGGGGGACUCCAGGGGUGGGUUCUGUGAGCAGCUGCCAGAAGCUUCCCCCAUGUCUGGCAUCUGUUCUGACCCGUCCUGAAGGUGAGGGUGACCCAGGUUCUCAUUUAUGGAUUCCUUGGGGCAGGUUAGAGUGAAAGGACAGUAAAUGAUGGCUGUUCAUAAAUAUAUAUGUGUAGGGUUUAUUUUAGAACAGUUUGGUUGCCCUGUAAAGCAGGUUUGGAGCCAUUUUGGUUCUUAUCUCUA